GCGCGACACCAACACUCCUCACCUGGCGAUGCCCGCAUUGUCCACUUGACUCUGGACAUCGUGCAGGUCGCGAUGGCAUCCGCGGGGACGGUCACAUAUCAGGAUGCACUGAACUCGCAAUACCUAUCGAGCUCCAUCUCAAGUCUGUCACGAUCGCGAUCGGCCAACACCCUUAUCGUGCGGACCUACAAGCAGGCGACGCAGCUCUACCUCACGAAGCGAUUCAAAGAAGCUCUCGAGACCCUCGAACCCAUCGUAACCUCACAACAGCCUGGCGAAAGUGAUGUGCUCGGCACGAAUGGCGUUCACAGCGAGAGCCCAGGUGAUGGCGCCGCGCUCGUCGCGCAGAGCUCCAAGGGUACCCGGACGAAGGUCUGGGUCUUCUACUUGAGCUUACUGCAUGCGAUCAUCGAGCUGGGUGCAGAGGAUGGCAAGAAUCAGUUUGGAUCAACGAAAUGGAGACAAUUGGCCGCCAAAGCAAGGGAUGGAACAGUGUGGGAUGAGAUCAUUCGGCUAGGCUAUGGUGGGAAUGAAGGAGACGUCGACCCUGACGUCGUCGUGAAUCUGGCCACGCUCCUACUUGGACACAUGCAGAAUCAGAAGCUGAACCAACAACGAAUCGAAGCAUACCUCUCUGCGUCCGCCGAUGCGGCCCAGCUCGCCUACCUGAACGAAGGCAUCGCGACCCCCAUGUCCAAUGGCACGUCCUCGCCCAAAGAGCUGACCACACGCUUGAAGAUCUUGGAGCUCUACUCACUGCACGUCCUGCCUGCCAAUGAGGAAUGGGAAUAUGCACAGCAGUUCAUUGAGAUGAGCGACAUGUUGGACGAGGAGCGACGCGAAGCGUUUCUCCACGCUCUAGCAAGUCUCAAGGACGAGAAGGACGGCACGGCACAGCGCGAGCGCGAACUAGAAGAGCUGCGAGAACGUGAGCUGGAAGAACAGCGCGCAGCGGAAGAAGCUCAACGCAAAGAGAAUGAACGUCGCGAAGAGGAACGCAAACGGGCCGCAGAGCUUGAGCGCUCACGUACCAAUACUUCCAAUGCCUCCUCUUCGUCCCGACCAACGAAUGGACACGUUAAGAAUGGCAAUGGAGCUGCGAGUGCUUCACGAAAUACUUCGCACGCAACUGCAAAGCCCCCAAGCAAGCCGCAGAAGAAGACGCGUGCUCCACCUCCCAAUCUGUACAUGCGCGCAUCAACCGUCUUCUCCAAUCUUCAACAGAUGGUACUGGAAGCCAGUCGAGGAAUAACUGGCAAUAGUACGGCACUGUUCCGCUUAAUGAUGUUUCUGGUUGCAUUCUUGUUGAUCAUGGCGAGACGAGAUCUCCGAAUGAAAUUGAAAAGGGCAAUUGACGAUGGAUGGAUGAAGGUUAAGCAGACGAUAGGCAUGGGCACUAAGGUAUCCUAUAUCUAGCGGAGAAUCUAGUGGCAACUUUCUUUCGAGCUUGCGAGAGUAUUUGAUUCAUGCGAUACGAAGCGAAAC